ACUGAAGCAAUCUGCUGCGAAAUGGGUUGCUUCUCCCUCCGACCGCUGCUCUUGCUUGCGUUCUUCCUUCCUCUUCUUCUUCUCGUUGAGUGCAGGGUUCGCCAUUACAAGUUCAACGUUGUGAGGAGAAACUACACGAGGCUGUGCCACAGCAAGCCCAUCGUCACGGUCAAUGGACUUUUUCCCGGGCCGAUUUUGUACGCAAGGGAGGAUGACAACGUCCUGGUGAAGGUGACGAACCACGUUAACUACAACGUCACCAUCCACUGGCACGGGGUGAGGCAGCUGCGCACAGGCUGGUCGGACGGCCCGGCGUACAUCACGCAGUGCCCCAUCCGGCCGGGGCAGAGCUACACCUACAACUUCACGGUGACGGGGCAGAGGGGGACGCUCUUCUGGCACGCUCACAUCCUCUGGCUCAGGGUCACCCUCCACGGCGCCAUCGUCAUCCUCCCCAAACUCGGCGUCCCCUACCCAUUCCCCAAGCCCCACGACGAGGUCGUCGUCCUCCUCGGUGAAUGGUGGAAUUCCGACGUGGAAGCCGUGAUCAACGAGGCAUUGGCUUCCGGCCGGGCGCCCAACGUCUCAGAUGCUCACACGAUCAAUGGCUACCCCGGCCCCAUGCCUGGCUGCCCUUCCAAAGGAGAGUUCAAAUUGGAGGUAGAUCCAGGGAAGACUUACCUUCUCCGAAUAAUCAACGCUGCUCUCAAUGAGGAGCUCUUCUUUGGGGUCUCCCAGCACAAUCUGACAGUAGUGGAGGUGGACGCCGCCUAUGUCAAGCCCUUCUCAACCAACACCAUCGUCAUCAGCCCUGGCCAGACCACCAACGUCCUCCUCCACACCAAUCAAGGGGGCGGAGGCCGCUUCAUGGUCGCCGCCAGCACUUUCUUGGACACCAUGAUCGUCGCCGUCGACAAUGCUACCGCGACGGGAGUCGUCCAUUACAAGGGCACGACGGACUCCGUCGCCACCACCUUCCAGGUAUCCCUCCCGUCCAGGAACUCCACCAAUGAAGCCAACAAGUUCAUCGAAUCCCUCCACAGCCUCAACUCCAAAGAGUACCCGGCCGCCGUGCCGCAGAGGAUCGACCACUCGCUUCUCUUCACGGUGGGCCUUGGCAUCCAGCCUUGCCCGACGUGCAUGAACGGCAGCAGGGCGGCGGCUUCCAUCAACAACAUCUCCUUCGUACUGCCCACGACCGCUUUGUUGCAGGCUCAUUACUUCAACGUCUCCGGCGUCUUCACCGACGAUUUCCCGGCGAAGCCACCGGUGGCCUUCAACUACACAGGAACUCCGCCGACCAACAUCGUGGCCGCCAAUGGGACCAGACUUUACAGGCUUCCAUUCAACUCCACUGUGGAGCUCGUACUUCAGGACACCAGCUUCAUAGCCCCGGAAAGCCACCCUGUUCACCUCCAUGGAUUCAAUUUCUUCGCCGUUGGCCACGGAAUCGGGAACUUCGAUCCCAAGAACGAUCCGAAGAAGUACAAUCUUGUGGAUGCUGUUGAGCGGAACACGAUUGGUGUGCCCUCCGGGGGAUGGACCGCUAUCAGAUUUCGAGCUGAUAAUCCUGGGGUUUGGUUUAUGCAUUGCCAUUUGGAGGUACACACAACAUGGGGAUUGAAGAUGGCUUUCAUUGUGGAUGAUGGCAAAGGGCCGAACCAGUCCCUGCUACCACCACCAAGUGAUUUGCCUACUUGCUGAGGACUCAGAUCCAACCAAUCCAUACCUGGAAGAAGAAAGCAUGUUAGAUAAAUGGGCGCCAACUUAUGCCUGAUCCACAAUCGUGGCAUUUAUAGUUUAAUCACGAUGUCGUUCUUAUGCUUUUUUUGUUUGUAAUAAUGUCGACCUUAGACAUUUUUUUUUUGUUAGCGGCCGAAUUAAAAUAGAUUUGAGUAUGAAAGAAAGCAAUUGCAGUUAACCCUUGAAAUUCACAUAUUUUCAAGGCUUUGUGCUGCCAUUGAUCAUAAGAGCGGUCAUUCAAGUUUUCGGUUAAUUUCAUCAAUUAAACCAACCGAAAGUCUUGUACUGGCAACCCUCUUGCAUGUACCACAUGCGGUUGUAAGAGACUAUAUCUACCAAUAGUGAAUAAAAUCAAAAUUUUUUGUGGUUUUGCACAUUUCA